GCCUCUCGUAGAGCAGCAGACCUACACAAGCGGGCCACCGAUCUAGGCCUCAAGGUAGACCACAGGAAGACAGAGGCACUCUACCUGCCACCACGCGGCAAGAAUGCGAAGAAAAUCUGGCGGAACCCAACCAGGAUCACCGUCGAUACACCACUCGGCCCAGUGCGGCCCCAAAAGGAGAUGCGAUGGCUGGGACCAGGGAAAAACGGCAACCCGGUGUCCACGAACAUCAAAUCCGCCCUACACGAGCUGGAGACAGCGGCGUCGAAAGCGCUCAGGAAGACCAUGCCGAUAUGGCGCACAGUACCGAGACAAAUCCCCUUCUGGCUGGCGGGCAUUGCACCACCGGAAAUCCUGGGGAGAGAAACGGCGAGGACGGCAGCGCGACUGCACACACUCCCAGGCAACCACCCGCUC